AUGGAUGGUGCCAAGACGGCGACUGGAGGAUGGGUUACGUUUGUUUGGUCAAAGAAGCCGGGCCGGGGUUCGGACUUUAUCCCGACGCUCCAUCUACUGAAUGCCGUCUGUGAUAUCAGCCAGUUGUGCUGUCAUUUCUGGGCUGGAGUGCAAUGUCUUUUCCCGGCACAAUACCUGCCCGGAUCGCCGGUAUUCGGCGGCCUCGUAUUCGGCACUUGGCUAAACGGGGCGUUUUACAUGAAUUUCUUCGUGGUCCAUCGAUUUUUAUUCAUUUUCAUGCCGUUUCGCGUUGAUUUUAUUAUUACACGGCUGGUGACGCAGCUGUUCACGGCAGCCACCCUGAUCUUCUUGUUCCUCUACAUGUGCAUGUCGACGACCGUCCUCUUCAUCAGCUAUUCAGCCACUGCCCUAUCAUGGGCCAUUGAUUGGCGUCAUUCCUGGGAACCCGGCUAUCGAUUUCUGUUCUUCAUCAACGAGCUUUCAAACUAUCUAUAUGUUUAUUUCAAUUUGCCGUUUUAUUUGGCGAUCGGCGGGAUGGUCGUCUAUAGAAAGAGACUCCACAAAUCCCAAAUGAAGGCUCGGGAUCUCUACCUAAUAAUGCAGAUGCUAAUUUCGUGGCUACUCUCCGUGGUCUGCUGGUUCCUCUGGGAGGUGUUUUACGACCAGAACGAGCAGGAUUUACCCAAAUAUUUGAAGAAUUCGGUCGCGUGGAUGCUGUGGAAUGGGUUCAAGCCGCUGUCGACGCUUAUAACUUUGGGAAAAGCGGGUCUGGAGCUCAUUAUCGCGUUUGAGACCGACUUCUGGGAGGAGAAGGACUUGAAAGCUCUCGAAGAAACGCAUACCGUGAUCCGGAUGAAGCCCGAGCCCUGCCCAUGUCUCGAGAAAAACGAACUCGAUUUCAUGGACCCGCCCAUCAGGGAAGAGAAAUGGAGAUGGUUUCCCCUAGCCUGCGCCAUCAUAACGAUUUUCUAUGCCGUUUUGAAAACAUAUGAGGAGAACGAUCACCAGAAGCAACUGCUCAACAUUGCCGGCAUCCUCUUGUUGUUUAUCAUCGCUUGGGGCAAGAAGCUAGGCUGGGGUCCAGACAUUGUCCCGACCCUCCACCUCCUCAACGCCAUCUGCGACAUCUUCCAACUGUUGGGCCAUUUCUGGGGCGGAUUCCAGAGCUUCUUCCCAUCGGAGGGCUUUUCCUGCUCGCGGUUCUUCGGCGGGCUAGUUUAUGGUGGAUGGUUUAACAGAACGUAUUUCGUCGUCCACCGAUUUGUGUACAUUUUUCUGCCGUUUAAGGCUGACCGGAUAUUGACGCCUAUUGUUGGACAGAUCUUCGUCCUGUUCAGCGCUGCCCUAUUCUUAAUCCACAUGGGCUGCAGCCUAACCCUCUACACCGUCGCGUUCAACGUGACCCAGAUGAGCUGGGCGGCCAAUCGGAAUGCGUCUAUUGGAUAUGGGAUCAUCGCCUUUUUGAAUGAAGCUUCAAAUUAUGCCCUCGUCUACUUUAAUUUACCAUUUUAUGUGGCGAGCCAGCACAAAUUCCCACUGAAAGCCAUGGAAAUCUAUAUAAUUUUACAAAUGCUCGUUUCGUGGUUGCUCGCCGUAUUGUGCUGGGUCGUUUGGGAACUGUUCUACAAUCCACUCGACAGUGCGCAAACUAAAUAUUUUAAGAACACGUUAUGCUGGAUGAUAUGGAACGGCUUCAAACCCACAUCGACCUUGCUCACGUUAUUAAUCCGGCCCAACCUGAUCAAGCCAGAAACCACGGUACGCACCGUGACUGUGACGAAUAGUUCGCAGCGCAAGUUGCCGAUUGCUGUCGUACAGCCGAAAAUUAUACAAAGUAAAACAGGACCUAGAGAAAGCCGGAAUGCGCAGCAG